GCGCGCAUAUAUAUAUAUAUAUAACCACAAGCACUGAAUCAUUUUCCAUUCACUUCAACACUCGAUCGUCAAGCAAAAGCGCACACACACAUACAGAGAAUUCAUUGUUGAUCAGGUGGCUGUAUAUUUAGCUAGCUUUUCCUUCUUCUUCUUCCAUGGCGAACGAUCAAUUUCAAGCGAGUACGGGAAACUGGUGGGACUCUUCAUCUUCUAGACAUGUCCGAUUCGAGACCGCUCCUUCCCAGUCAUCUUCAUCUAACCUCACCACCACCUUCCCCAACUUCACUUGGCCCAUGGAUCACCUCGACCUCAAGCCUUCCUCUUCCAUGGCUCUAGCCCUCUCCUCCCAACCCUUGGAUUGGAAUAUCAAUAAUCAACCCUCUCAUCACCAUCUUCUUAGAGGAGAGAAGGGGGUCUCCGAUGGCCGAUUCAGAUCCAUGUUUCAAGAUGAGUGGAGAUCAUCAGAGAAGCUGUUGUUUAAUUCUGCAGACUCGUCUUCAACUACCACUGAUCAGUACAGUGCUUCUGGGGAUAAUAGUAUGGUCACGACCAGCCAAGGGCUAGCUUGUAGUUUUCAGAUGGAUAAUUCUAAUUCCUAUUCUGCUACGAAUCAUUCAUUAUUAAUACAGGGAUUAUUAGGGCCUGAAGGUUCUUCUUCUUCUUCCUCCUUCGACAAUACUCAUAAUCGCUCCUGCAGCUUGAACUUUCCCUACGGGUCGUCGGCCUUGAGCUCUGAUAAUGAUCCUUCAAUGGCUUCUUGGCCCAAGGUUUCUCAGUUUCUUAGGGCUUCGCCGCCGAAACAAACACCACAUCACGGCGGCGGUAACAGCCAGUUGCAUUUUACAAACAACGCGACCUUCUGGAACGCUUCUGAAGCUCACCACCACCACCAUCACGAUGCCGCUAUUAAAGAAGCUCGACCUUCCUUCUUCCCUUCCUUGCAGCCUCCUAUUCAGACGCCCAAUUUUGAUGCACAAUCAAAGAAUAUUUGUGGCGGAAGAGAAACGAGUAGUGUGGGGAAGAAAAGUGGAGGUGAGGCGACACCAAAAAGAGCUCGAAACGAAACCUCAUCAACUUUGCCGCCUUUUAAGGUGAGAAAAGAGAAGAUGGGGGACCGAAUUACUGCUCUUCAACAGUUGGUUUCGCCUUUCGGCAAGACUGAUACAGCCUCAGUGCUCUCCGAAGCCAUCGAGUAUAUCAAAUUCCUCCAUGACCAAGUCUCUGGUUUAAGCACCCCAUAUAUGAAAAGUGGAGCUCCAUUACAGCACCAACAGAGUUCUGGAAAAUGCAAGGAAAGUGAAGGCCUAAAACAAGACCUGAGAAGCAGAGGGUUAUGUUUGGUGCCAGUUUCAAGUACUUUUCCGGUGACUCAUGAAACCACUGUUGAUUUUUGGAUGCCACCUUUUGGAGCUACUUUCAGAUGAUCUGAUGAGUUGAAUUCAUACACAUCACGCAUUCACAAAUUUAUAAAGCUAUAGGUAGAAUAAUAUUCAGCUUGUUAGAAUAUAUAUAUAUAUAUAUAUAAUUAAGUUAAAUAAUGUAUUUGAUUGAAUCUGGGAUUCUAGAAAGAAUCAUAUAGAUGAGGUCAGAUUGGGAAUGAUGAGAUGAUGGGAAGCCACAGAAAUUGUCAAGUUGAUGAUUGUGCGCAUGGAAGAGAAGAAAAGAGAGCGUGUUGGAAAAUGUGUUGAAAGAGAAAGAAAAUGAAAUGACUCUCCAAAAAGAGAGGCCAUUCUUUACCCAUUUGCAUGCACGAUCAUGAUCUCAUGAUGCCACAUUGGGACCAUUGUCAUUCAAUUAAACUUGUCAUUCUAAUUGCACAAUCAUGCAUCUUAAUUAGGGGAUUAUUAGGAAGCUGAGCAGAUUAAUCAAAGGAAAAAUUGUUGUUACAUAUAUCGAGAGAGGAAGAUAAAGAAGGUUUAAUUGUUAUUGUUAGUGCUGUGUGUGUGAUGAAUUGAAGAAGGAAUAUUAAUGGAAGUGAAGUAAUUAAUUUUGGAUUGGA